CGUCGUCGAGUCCCUCUGCGCUGUCGCCAGACGAACCACAUCCUCGAUAUCGAGUCUUGUGAGGCUUCACCAGCUUAUCCAUUAUGGCGGGCGAUGCGAUGCUGCCCAUGCCCAUGUCUCCUCGACAGUCACCAACAGAGAUAGGAAAAGCAGCGGUCCAAUGGCUCUGUUCAAGACGAGGGCGAACAUUGCUCCUUUCCGUCUUCGUCCUCACAUUCAUACUUGGCGUCGUAGGCGUACGGCACUCCGAAGCCAUCACCGGACGAUACCAUGCCCUCGCCGAACACCAAUGGCGUCCCUACCUACCCAGCUUGCCGAAGCUCACGAAAACGCCCUUCGAAGCUCCAUCGAAUACAACAUUGCAGCUCGAGAACGGCGAGAUUGAUCACGUACCACCGAAGCUCGAGAAAACGACACCGAACUUCCACCUGCUGAUGACCUCGGAGAAGAACUCAGAUGCUUUCUGCAAGUCGACACUGUCGGCGAUGCUGCUCAACUACCCUCCACCGACCGCUGUCGGCUUUCACCAGACGUUCAUCUCGCCAGGACAUAAGGAAAGGCAAACGCUGUUUGGGAUACGCGAGUACCUUCACAAUGAGAAGUUGGUGCAUGAUGAGGAUCUGCUAUUGAUCGUGGAUGGUCAGGAUACUUGGUUCCAGCUGCCGAGCGACGUCAUCAUCAAGCAGUAUGAGGCGGUGUUGGAAUAUGCGAAUGCGCGACUGCUCAAGAAGUAUGGCCUGGACGAGAACAAGCUUCAAAAGUUCAAUCAGACGAUCAUCUUUGGUGCUGAGAAGGUGUGCGAGGGAGACGACACGGCUUGCAAAUUGGCACCCAGUUCCAUACUACCAGACGACAUAUACGGUGCCGGUGAAGAGACUACCAGUACGGAAGAUCUGCCUGCAAAGUACCUGGACUCCAGAGUUGUGAUGGGGCCUGCGAAGGACCUGAGGGUCUUCUUUGAUGCAGCUUUGAAGAAGUAUGAGAAAGAACACACCGAGAAGCAGACAAUGCAGUCGGUAAUCGCCACUAUGUUUGGCGAACAACAGUUAAUACGCGAUGCAGCGUUGACAGAGGGUAAAUCUGCAACCUCCAAGCUGCGAGAAUGGGUGGGGAAAGCAGUAGAAGAGCAUGUGGCGGCCGAGCGACGGCUGGAGGCUGCCAAUCUUACCAUUCGACCUGGGAAACAGUACGAGUAUUCCAUCGGUCUUGAUUACACGCAUACGCUCUUCCAGCCUCUUCUCUACACUACUCUGGAUGAACUCGUUCCCCUGGUCCACGAAAACUCAACCGACUUAUCCAAAUACCGCCACCCCAAAACCAUCACGCCGCACCUCUCCCUCCCGCCUACCCUUCUUUCCAGCAAGCUCCCCUUCUGGAGUCCAAAUUUAUAUCUGCACAACCCCUCCCCUGACACUAACAAGCCCGCCUACAUCGACAAGCUCGACUUCGACUUUGACCUGGACUGGCUCCCUGACCGCCGUACACACUGGUCCAAGAUUCCACUGAUUCAGAACACGUAUACUGGCGCGAUCCCCGCGCUGAUUCUUCGUGUUCCCGACGCCAUCCAUGACCCGAAGUCCUCCGGCAUUCCAAGCGCCCAAAUCUCGUUCAAUCAUCUGUGGUUCGCCCCACACAAGCGCGCCCUCCUGCGCCAGUACUUCCGCACUCCGCAGAGCCCGAACGGGUAUCACAACUCUCUCGUCGGCGGCGAUCGAUCCUGGGACCAGCGCGGCGGACGUGGUGGAAUAUGGACAUCGAAAGAGCAGAUCUGGCUGCCCUGGGGCGAGGUGGAUGGUGUGUGCGGUACACUGGCGCAGCUGAAACAAGUGAUCGACGACGGAAAGGGAGUGUGGAUGCAUGAACUCGAAGAUGACAACGAGGCACAGAGAGUCAGGGACGAAGAGGCUUAUAAAAAGGGCCUAGAAGAGAAGAGAGAGAAAGAAGAGGAAAAGGAGUUAACUAAGGUGCAGGUUGCUGCUGAGAUCGCUAAGCAGGAGCAUGAGCAGAAAGAGCAAGAGAAGCAUAAUAAGGCGAGGCUGGAGAGGAUUGAGAGGCAGAAGAAGGAUCAGGCGAAGAAGGAGAAAGUGAAUGUGGAGAGGCUGAAGGAGAUUGAGGAGAAGAAGAAACUUGAGGUUGAAAAGGCUCAAGAGACACAGGCAAGUGCGAAAGCAUUAUACCAGUCUGAGGAGCAAGAAGCAGGGCGAAAUCCGGCUGCCUCAACGAGGUGGAAGAAGAGAUGGGCUGCAUGAGGCAGACCCACACAUGUGCCUGAGUUGCACGUCUUCGAUUUUCCCUCCUUAAUCAGGCGUUUACGAUCGGCGAAACAUGGCAUCUUUUCAUAUCAUCUAGAUGGGCCCAAAUUAUGGCUAGACGGCGUUGAGUGGGUAUCUCUUAGUCCAGCGUCCCUUUUGUUAUGUAGUCCUCGAGUUCGAAUCCCAGAAGCUCCGUACCUCGAAUUCAUGACGUCUGCAUCACAUUCCUCUCCACAUUCCCAAUCGUGCA